AUGACAACCUCUGCUGUAGCAAACGAGCCGCUGGCUUAUCGGCAGCCAGAAGGAAGCGCGCCACGAGAGUCACAGUCCGUCAAACGACCAUUAGUUUUGCCUCCGGGCACAGACAAUGACAAGUUCCAGAGAUUUAUUGAGGAGAUUGCCAGUGUCACGGGCAGCGAGAACGUGACGGUGAUUUCCGAUGAGGCAGAGCUCUACCAUGACAACUACCUCGACCCGGGUAAAGCCCAUGAUAUGUUCCACAUUGUCUACAAGACUAGACUCGUCAGCUCUGCGGUCGUCGCACCGAGAAAUGUCCCCGAUGUCCAGUCAAUUAUGAAGAUCUGCAACAUGUUCGAGAUUCCAGUAUGGCCCUUUUCCAUUGGCCGCAACGUUGGCUAUGGGGGUGCUGCCCCGAGAGUUCCAGGAAGUGUAGGUCUCGACAUGGGCCGGCACAUGAACAAAGUUCUCGAAGUCAAUGUGGAGGGAGCAUACGCCCUCCUUGAGCCAGGAGUGACAUUCUCCGCCCUACACGAAUACCUGGUGACUAACAAUCUCCGGGAUAAACUGUGGGUCGACGUUCCAGAUCUUGGUGGCGGCUCUAUCAUUGGAAAUACCAUCGAGAGAGGAGUCGGAUACACACCCUAUGGUGACCAUUGGAUGAUGCAUUGCGGGAUGGAGGUGGUUCUUCCCGACGGGACUUUGAUUCGAACCGGGAUGGGCUCUUUGCCCUCUCCAGACGAGGAUUCAUCUCUACCACCACAUGAACAGCCGCCAAAUAAGUGCUGGCAGCUUUUCAACUACGGCUUCGGACCUUACAACGACGGAAUCUUCUCUCAGUCGUCCCUUGGAAUUGUUGUCAAGAUGGGGAUGUGGCUAAUGGUCAAUCCUGGAGGCUACCAAUCUUAUUUAAUCACCAUUCCGCGCGACGAAGAUUUACACCAGGCUAUUGAGACGAUUCGCCCGCUUCGUGUGGGCAUGGUCCUGCAGAAUGUCCCUACGUUGCGACAUAUUCUGCUGGAUGCUGCAGUGAUGGGAGACCGCAAAAGCUACACCAACGAGGACCGCCCACUAAACGACGCGGAACUAGACGCGAUCGCAGCUUCUCUUGGACUUGGGCGCUGGAACUUUUACGGCGCGCUUUAUGGACCAGAGCCGGUCCGAGUGGCUAUGUGGCAAGUCAUAAAAGCCUCUUUCUCCUCAAUCAAGGGAGUUAAGUUUUUCUUUCCGGAGGAGAUGCCCGAUAAUGUUGUGCUACAAACUCGCCACCUAACGCUCCAAGGAAUUCCUACCAUGACUGAGCUAAAAUGGGUCGAUUGGCUACCCAAUGGCGCGCAUCUUUUCUUUAGCCCCAUUGCAAAGGUGACAGGUGAGGAUGCUGUGGCACAAUACGAAGUAACACGCCGUCGAAGCGAGGAAUUUGGCUUCGACUUCAUCGGGACUUUUAUCGUCGGGAUGAGAGAGAUGCAUCAUAUUGUGUGUAUAGUCUUCGAUAAAAAGGAUCCCGAUAGUCGACAACGAGCCCAUCGACUGAUCAAAAUCCUGAUUGACGAUGCCGCUGCACGAGGCUGGGGCGAGUAUCGGACUCAUCUUGCGCUGAUGGACCAGAUCGCAAGCACAUACAAUUUCAACAACAACUCGAUGAUGAGGCUGAACGAAGCAAUCAAGAAUGCAUUGGAUCCCAAAGGUAUCCUGGCUCCGGGAAAAAAUGGUAUCUGGCCGAAGAACUAUGAUCCUAGUAUGUACAAAAUUGAGAUAUAA